AAGCCAAGUCUAUUUCUCUACUACUGGUGUGAGGCCACUGAAAUGUGUCAGGGUUAUGUGUUUUGGUUGUGACUUUAGUGUACAUUUCAUCAACUUAAGUUAAUAGUACACAGCCAAGCAGUAAACACUUUACAGACUCCGCUUCUGUGUGUGCGUGUGGUUUUGGCAGUUGAAACUGACAUGACUUGCUAGAAAAAUGUCACUCUUACUAUGCUGAUUUGAAAGCGUUAUGUGUGCAUAUAACACGACUUCUACAGGUAUUUAUAUAGAAAAAAAAAACUCUUGAUCUCGUACUCAAAUUGACCUCUGAACAGUUCAUAGCUGUUUCACGCAACUCAUCUGCAGCCAGAUUUAUCAUUAAGUUAGGUCCAUAACCCUCUGGUCAAGACUUUUUUUUGAAGGCCAAAAAGGAAAUACCGGAAAUGCUACCCCGUACAACAAGCAGGCUAACCAUAGCCUGUGGUAUCGUCUACAUCUGCGGGGUCCGCCAUAUUGUCAGCCGGGAGAGGCCGAGAGGUACCCAGGAGUGAAAGAAGUGAUGACUGUUUCAAGUACUAAGCCUUGUGCCUAGACUGUUUGGAUGUCCUCUUUUGUAUCAAACAAGAUCAGUAGCCUAUGCGACUUCAUAAAGCCAUCUCACCUGCUCUCAUCUGUACCACCUGCCAUCAGUUGAUCAGAGGACGUUGCCAAGGAGCUUGUGAAAUCUCGAGUGGAACAUGUCCGGCCCUGUGCCCAGCCGCUCCCGAGUGUACCCUGAUGUAAACACACAGAGGCCCCGGGAGUACUGGGAUUAUGAGUCCCAUGUGGUUGAAUGGGGGAAUCAAGAUGACUACCAGCUGGUGCGAAAGCUUGGCCGUGGAAAAUACAGUGAAGUGUUUGAGGCUAUAAACAUUACAAACAAUGAGAAGGUUGUAGUCAAAAUUCUCAAGCCAGUAAAAAAGAAGAAAAUCAAGCGUGAAAUAAAAAUUCUUGAGAACUUACGAGGAGGUCCCAACAUCAUCACUCUUUUAGACAUUGUCAAGGAUCCUGUGUCCCGAACUCCAGCCCUGGUAUUUGAGCAUGUGAACAACACAGACUUUAAGCAAUUGUAUCAAACGUUAUCGGACUACGACAUUCGUUUCUACAUGUAUGAAAUCUUAAAGGCCCUGGAUUACUGUCACAGUAUGGGGAUCAUGCACAGAGAUGUGAAACCACACAAUGUCAUGAUCGACCAUGAGCACAGAAAGCUUCGACUGAUUGACUGGGGCUUGGCAGAAUUCUACCACCCAAACCAAGAGUACAACGUGCGGGUGGCAUCUAGGUACUUCAAAGGUCCUGAGCUUCUUGUGGACUACCAGAUGUACGACUACAGUUUGGAUAUGUGGAGUCUAGGGUGUAUGCUGGCCAGUAUGAUUUUCCGCAAAGAGCCGUUUUUCCACGGACAUGACAAUUACGAUCAGCUGGUCCGCAUUGCAAAGGUGCUGGGCACUGAGGACCUGUAUGACUACAUUGACAAAUACAACAUCGAGUUAGAUCCUCGCUUUAAUGACAUUUUGGGCAGGCACUCGCGCAAGAGAUGGGAGCGCUUUGUGCACAGUGAGAACCAGCAUCUGGUGAGCACUGAGGCCCUCGACUUCCUUGACAAGCUCCUACGCUACGACCACCAGGCGCGCCUCACGGCUCGAGAGGCUAUGGAUCAUCCUUACUUCUACCCCAUCGUGAAAGACCAGGGGCGGGGUGCUGCCACAACCAACCUGGCCGCCGGCUCCACUCCAGUCAGCUCCUCUAGCAUGAUGGCCGGCAUAACCUCCAUGACCUCCACCACACAACCCAUGGCCAACAUCGCUGGCUCUCCCGUGAUCUCCGCCCCCAACACGCUCGCUACACAGGUCCCUGCUGCCACCGGAGCGCAGCCCUGAGGGGACCCUCCCGCCCGCCCUGCCCACAGACACCCACCCUCCAACCUCGCCAUCUCAUCUCUCUUAACCUCUGAACCCCCCUAGGCACACGGACUGGCCCAGGCUCCUCUUUUGAUUAUGUUGAGAAUUUCCCCUGAAUUAGUGCUCCUUUAGCGUCACCCUCCCCUCCGUUCAGUAGUACCCAGGAUGGGGACUCAGAAGAAACAUGCUGCUGCACCCUCCUGGAUGGGUUCGAGUUCUGGGCACUCACUCUCAUAAAGACUCUAGGAACUCAAGUCCUAUGUAGACAUGACGAAGGAUAAUAACGACUCUAGGAACGCAAGUCCAAUGUAGACCUGACGAAGGAUAAUAAAAUUAAUUUUAUAUGUCCCAGACGUUCGUUCUUGUCUGCACCUAGGUGAAUCCUCUCGUUUUUUUUGUUUUGUUUUGUUUGUUUUUGUUUCUUUCUUUCUCCUGUAGUGUUUCUAUUGGGCGUUUCUACACUGUGAACCUGGACAAAAAAGCGCACAUACCACUGAACAGGAAGUGUCCCUCCCUCCCAGGCUCCAGUAGUGUGUGUGCACACCUGUGGCCCUGCAGCAGGAACACGCACACCUGGACGGGGGCCUGGCCAUGCUGUCCAUUUACUGUCAAAAAACGUGUUUGCCCACUGCUGGGCUCACAGGGUCAAUAAUAUGCCAAUUUUUGUGUUCCUUUCACCAUUGGUGUGUAUGUCUACGGGAGCGUGUGUGUGUGUGUGUGUGUGUGUGUGUUUUCUUUUUAAGGUUUUAAGAUGAUAUUUGUUACCAUGAAUUCUUUUUUUCUUUUCUUUUUUUUUGUAACAGAUUUUGUUCUAGAGAGGAUGCGAUCCAGUGCUAAGCAUUUUCUCUCAGUGUGAGAAAUAAACCCUUAAGGAGGAGAAGCACCCUUUUACAAUUUGCAUGUGGUGUAUUUACUGUAAACUGCACAGAAUGACCGACUGAACGAACGACACAAAGCAACUCUGUAGGUAUUUAACUCCAGUGCUACUACUACAUGCUUAGGCUUUCUAUAGGUUAUUAUUAUUCAUUUAAAUGGUUCUUAAAAUUGUACUUAUUUUGGUCUUGUAAUUUGUGAAAUAUUUGAUGUGGAAGAGUAGUAUUCUAGAAUGGACUGAACAAAGGUUCAACCUGCCUGUGAUCAGUGUGAGAAUUGAAAAGCUAAUGAAAUAACUUAAUGUAUUGUAAAUUAAAUCAUUUAAGGUUUGCAAUAGAUCUUUUGCAGUUAAAAUAUUUUCUUGUUUUAUAAAUCAUUUCAAUGAAAAAAAUAUAUUGUUUUAAGAAAA